AUGCCUGACCAGCCAUGCUGUUCAGAGUCAAAUGUUUCUUAUAAGACACUUCACAGUCAACACUUACUUUCCUCUAGGUGUUACGGCCACCAACCAUACCUACCUCAGACAACCAACCAUACCUACCUCAGGCCACCAACCAUACCUACCUCAGACAACCAACCAUACCUACCUCAGGCCACCAACCAUACCUACCUCAGGCCACCAACCAUACCUACCUCAGACAACCAACCAUACCUACCUCAGGCCACCAACCAUACCUACCUCAGGCCACCAACCAUACCUACCUCAGGCAACCAACCAUACCUACCUCAGGCAACCAACCAUACCUACCUCAGACAACCAACCAUACCUACCUCAGACAACCAACCAUACCUACCUCAGGCAACCAACCAUACCUACCUCAGACAACCAACCAUACCUACCUCAGACAACCAACCAUACCUACCUCAGACAACCAACCAUACCUACCUCAGGCCACCAACCAUACCUACCUCAGGCAACCAACCAUACCUACCUCAGACAACCAACCAUACCUACCUCAGACCACCAACCAUACCUACCUCAGACAACCAACCAUACCUACCUCAGACCACCAACCAUACCUACCUCAGACCACCAACCAUACCUACCUCAGACCACCAACCAUACCUACCUCAGACCACCAACCAUACCUACCUCAGACCACCAACCAUACCUACCUCAGACAACCAACCAUACCUACCUCAGACAACCAACCAUACCUACCUCAGGCCACCAACCAUACCUACCUCAGACAACCAACCAUACCUACCUCAGACCACCAACCAUACCUACCUCAGGCCACCAACCAUACCUACCUCAGACCACCAACCAUACCUACCUCAGACAACCAACCAUACCUACCUCAGGCCACCAACCAUACCUACCUCAGGCCACCAACCAUACCUACCUCAGACAACCAACCAUACCUACCUCAGACCACCAACCAUACCUACCUCAGACCACCAACCAUACCUACCUCAGGCCACCAACCAUACCUACCUCAGGCCACCAACCAUACCUACCUCAGACCACCAACCAUACCUACCUCAGGCCACCAACCAUACCUACCUCAGACCACCAACCAUACCUACCUCAGGCCACCAACCAUACCUACCUCAGACAACCAACCAUACCUACCUCAGGCCACCAACCAUACCUACCUCAGACCACCAACCAUACCUACCUCAGGCCACCAACCAUACCUACCUCAGGCCACCAACCAUACCUACCUCAGACCACCAACCAUACCUACCUCAGGCCACCAACCAUACCUACCUCAGACCACCAACCAUACCUACCUCAGGCCACCAACCAUACCUACCUCAGACAACCAUAAUUUACAGCAGAGACAAACUUGGAAAUUCAAACUUAUUUAUCUAA